AUGGCGGCGCCGGCGUGGACGCGCGAGCGCAGCGGGCGGAUGGAGGCGGCGCGCUCGCUGCUGCGGCCGUCGCCGGCCCCGUCGCCUCAGCGCAGCCGCGCAGACCUCGCGCUCCACUACACGAGCGGAUCCAGCGCCUCCGAGCCGCCCGCCGCCAUGUGGGCGUCGCCCAGUGCCGCGCGCGUGCGCUCCCGCCCCAGCAACUUGCACGCGGCGGUGCGCGCGAGUCCGUCCUUCCCACUCAGCCAGAGACCAGCAGCGUCCGCUAGCGCUGCGGCAGCGACGCCGUUGCGCACUUCGGUACAGAGAGCUGCCAGGCACACGGCGGUGCAGUCGCGGACAACGCAGUCCACGCAGACGGAGACAGGUGAGGGCCACAAUGCUGCGGAGAAUGGCGGCGGGAUCCACCUCGGGGCGUUCGGGGAGGUGGCGAAGAUGACGGCGGAGACGGUGGACUUCUUGAUCCGCGUGCUGGAAGAUGUGGGGGUGCUGCUGAGGAAGCAGGAGCUGCUGGUCAGCGGUGAGGACAGGGAACUUCGCGUGAAGGCGCGCUACGCCGCGGAAGGCGACAACCACGGGUCGGAAGAGGCUGAGGUUGUGCCAGCGUCGGAAGUUGCGCGUCUGCAACUCGACUCAGCUAAAAGUGGCGGUGCUGGCGUGACGGAGCUUGUACGGUCGCACUCGUACGAAACGUUGGUGCAGCUCGAAGGCAUUUUGGAGGCGCGUCACAACAAACUCAUGAACGACGGGUUCCUAGAGACGGAAGACGACGUUAGAUGA